AUGACUCCCCGAAUCGGCUUGAUAAUUUGUAGUCAGAGGAACCCGCGAGUGGGUCCACAGAUCGGGGAGUUUAUACGUCAGACGAUCCAGGAAACGAAUCCCACAACAGAAAUCAAGCUGAUUGAUCUCGCCGUGUGGAACCUUCCCCUGUGCGACGAGCCCUGGAUUCCCACGCAUAUUCAAUCAGCCGAUCAAUACGUGCACCCGCAUACGCAGGCCUGGUCGAGGGAAAUCUCCUCCCACGAUGGCUUCAUCUUCAUCACGCCGCAGUAUAACUGGGGGUAUCCGGCGAGUAUCAAGAAUGCUCUGGAUUAUCUCUACCAUGAGUGGAAGGGGAAGCCCGCGUUGAUUGUGAGUUAUGGAGGAAGGGGUGGGGGGAAAGCCGCGGCACAGCUGGGACAGGUUCUACAGGGGUUGCGCAUGACUCAGUUGGAGAGGAUGGUUUCCCUGGCAUUUCCUGAGGAGGAGAUCUUACUUAGGGGGGCGAAGGGGGAGGAUUUGGAUUUGACGGGGGAGAGUUCCUUCUGGGGUGGUGAAAAGCAGGGUAUCAAGGAGGCGUUUGUUGAGUUGCAGGAGUUGGUACUUCGUAAAUAG